AUGGGUAACCAGCAAUCGGAUAGUGGUGAUGGUGGUGACGAAUUGCAAAGUGAAGAUUAUAGUCGCUUGAUUUUGAGUCUAAUUCGAAGCGGACAAGUUCAACUCGUACGUUCAGGCGAUGGUAUUAAUUUCGAUUAUAUAGAUGAAGCGGAGAGUGACGAAGAAGAAGGAAAAGAGUUCAAUGAAGUAAGCUCUUUUAAGAUAAAGCAGAUUAAUGAUUUGGAACAACAUGUCAAAUUGGCUAGCGGACAAAUUUUACCGCUGCCUAAUAGCAUAUCACCGAUUAUACAACAGAGACAACAAGGUCUUCGAACGACUCAGGGCUUUAAAGCCCGUGUAUUAUCUAGGUAUUUACCGAAUAACCACUCCGUCCUUCAAAGAUUUAGGGGUAAAGCCUUCUGUGGCCAAUUCUCAUCCACCGGAGAGAUUUUUAUGUCAGCUUGUCAAGAUUGUAUAAUUCGUUUAUAUGAUGUAACUGAUGGCAAAUUUAGUCUAUUUAAAUCCAUUGGUGCUCGCGAUGUUGGAUGGAGUAUCAUUGAUACAGACUUUAGCUCUAAUUGUGGUUAUCUUUAUAUUUUCGAUAUGAACGAACAUCAACGAACACUAGAGAUUCAAAGUCAUGAGGACGAUGUAAAUGCAGUAAAAUUUGCAGAUGCGUCCUCUCAAAUAUUCUUCUCUGGUGGAGAUGAUGCAAUUGUCAAGGUUUGGGAUAGACGCACUUUAAGUGAAUCCAAUCCAGUUCCCGUUGGCGCUUUCGGGGGACAUACCGAUGGUAUAACUUACAUCGAUUCGAAGAACGAUGGAAGAUAUUUAAUAAGUAAUAGCAAGGAUCAGUGCAUAAAACUUUGGGAUAUGAGAUAUUUUUCUGGUCGUGAAGGUGUUGAGGAAUCGCGACGAGCCGCUGCGCGUCAAGGCUGGGACUAUCGGUGGCAAAGCGCCCCACGCAGACGACGAAAAAGAAAGCAUAAACAUGAUGCCUCACUCAUGACCUACCAAGGACAUGGCGUAGCUAAUACCUUAAUCCGCAGCUUUUUUUCACCUAUGCAUUCGACAGGACAAGCAUAUAUAUAUACUGGUAGCUGCACAGGAUCUGUUGUAGGUGGUGGUUGUGUGCGAGAUGUUUCGUGGCAUCCGUUUGAUAAUAAAAUUAUUACUUCAUCUCUUGUUAUUAUUGAUAGUGGGAUUGUACGCUCGGAUGUUGCGAAUAUCAGGGAGCGUGAAGAACUGCUAUGUCUAAGGAUCUUAUUGGCUCGAUAUGAAAAUAAUAAAGCGAGAUGCUUUAGGAAUUAG